UAUGAUUUUGACUUUCGGCCUUAGGAGUCCUCGGAGUUGGGAUUGAUUGUCCGUGUCUAUUUAUAUAUGUAGGCACUGCCAGGUAGGUAGAUCUAGAACGAUAAUAUCAUGCGAGUACGAAGUAACUUUUUAAAAUUGUGGUAAAACAUCGGAUCCGGUAUAUCAUGAAGCUUCAAUAAGGUUUUGAUAUUGACUCCGAGGAAAAUGGAGAAUGGAGUGGUGGUGCAGCAUCCUUGGAGAGGAAAAUCAUGUCAUCUUACCAAGGCGCUGCUGACAUGAGCCAGUUUGCUUUGGUGGUGAUUGUUACAACAUCCUUCUGUAUAUGUCUAUCAGAUACCUACCUACCUUAUCAUUAUUGUGAUCGCACAACACGAUGGAAAGAAAUCGGUUCACUUCUUCCUCGACUGCUCAAUACCUACCUAGGUACCUAGUAGAUAGAUACCUAUCUUAAACAUUCAAUAUCGCCUGGAGCUUGUGCAACAUGGAGUUAAGAGAUAUCUCAGCCGUUUAGUCAAUCCUCGCAACAAAAGGGGCAUAGGGAAGUAGGUAUUAAUAGCAAUCGAUUCUGCACGUAUAUCUACCCAGGUAUUCGGAGAUAUCAAUAAAUAGCUGUCGAGAACUUAGAACACAGCUAGAGCCUUUAUCGAUUACAGACUGGGGAUCUCUCGUCCCGGCUCUCUAGGCGAAUCGUGGGAGGGCACGUGAAAGGGAAGGCAAAGGACGAGAAGGAUCCGUGCCAGCCAGCUCAUCGCUACUCCGUACCACUACGACAUGAAUAAUUGCAGUCUAUCUAAUGACUAGGUAGUCAGUCUUCCAAGGUUAGGUUAUUCUCACAACCGAGUCAUGAAUCAUUGAUAUGCAGAGAAGAACUGAGUAGCAAGUGUUGAGUUGAAUAUAUAUAACCUUAGGUACUUGUUUAACAAUCUGCAUAGUCCGUAUUCUAGUCUCGUAUUGCUGUUGUUGAGCUCACGUGAAAGUGCAAGGUAAUGGUUCUGUGCGUACCUAUUCGUACAUAUAUUGAUUGUUCUCUCUGCGAUUUAUUACAUCGUAUAAGAUGUUCCAUGGGCUGGAGCUGGGGCUGGGGCUGGCUCAGCGGCAUCAGGGGUCUGUUCCAGGGGUUGGACAAUCAUUGGCUGCUAACACAUAACCUACUAUGAACAUUCGCGAUAUUCUCCAAAUCGUAGAUUUAGAACAUCAGAACGUUGAAAGAAAGUACCAAUUGAAGCUGCGACGAUAUAAGCAACUACAUUUCCACAGCUGGGUGGUCUAACAAUGAGAGGAACAAGGAAGUAGAGAAUGUAGGGAGAAUUAUAUGGGCAACAUCCCGUGACAGAAUGACAUCAUUUCCAGAUCCUCGUGCUGAAGGUAUAACAGAAAACUUCUCGCCCAUCGACAUUGAUGUGACUACGUACCCUGCAACCUUGAAACGCUCGCAUACCACCAACUCGAAAUCCGGUGUUCACUCUCGAGAGCCAAGUGCGAAUCAGUCCUUUUUCGCAGGACUCAAGGCCGCUUUCUCCGAAUCGCCUUCCCAGCCUGCCAAUCUAUCACCGCGACUCUACACAGGUAGUACGAGAGGGGGAUCGAUAGAUGCAGAUGCGAAGAGCCAUCACCGAAAUACUAGCAUCGUUCAUGGCAUACAGCGGUCCAGGAAUGGGAGCUUUGGGAGUUCAUCUACAAGCCCGCUGAGCCCGCAGAUGAUUGCUGCUGCAGGUGGAGAUUGGACAGAUGCAUCGGUCAUGGGCGAUCCGAAUUUCUCCUCCAGCGCAUCCAGCAUGACCAGCGGCACUUCUUUUAGCUCGAAUACAACAUUUGUCCCCUCCCGGAGCCCUUCAGCGGCCGAAAAUGCGCCAUCAGGCAGCGCGCAGAGAAAUAUGGAGCGUGGUAAUAGUAAUAGUGGGAGGAGUCGAAGAAAUCAUGCGCAUCAUCAUUCCCAUUCAAGACAUCAUAAGGACGAGUUGAAAACUGUUGGCGAGUAUGCUCUGCAUGUCUUGUUCACUUCAUUUAUUGCGCAAGCAGAGGAAAAGAUCUCACAGUGUGUUACUUUACCACUGGACCCAGAACCUCAAAUUGAACAUAUAUGCGGAAUGGGAGUAGACCCGGCAUUUGAUCAACUGAUCUCUGCUUUGGGUCAUAUCGCAAGCCAAAAACCUAAGCCUCUUAUUGAUUCAAUGAUGCUAUGGCGAAAGAACAAGAGUGACGCUGCCAACGAGGCUAGGAUUCAGCUUCAACAGUCUCGCGGCAAUUUACUCCCAGGUCAACUCCCGCGGAGGAACACUGAGCCGCCUCAUAUGCACCAAGACGAUCUCAUGGCUGGUCUGCCAACUAUCGCUGCGCGGCAAGAGUUUGUCGCCCAAGCAGAACGACGAUCAACUGCUUCAAUAUUUAUACUGUGCCGAGUCUUAAUGGAAGUCAUUGGCCAAAGUACCUUGGCUCGUAUAACUCCUGAGAUGGAAGAAAAGCUAGAAGGAAUUAUCUUCGGACAACUGAAGAUCGCCGAUGCAGAUCAACUGAGUACCUCGCCUCUCAAGAUGGCCAACUGGUUUUUGUUCAGUCAAUUGCUUGGCGUUAUGGCUGAGAUCAAUUUUGAUAGUGUCACUGAUCGCUUCAUAGCAGACCUCGAGAAGUCGCAGAAGGAUCUAGUGAUCAAAAGUCCAGUAAACAGGGAUAUCGAAGGGCGAAUGGUCUUAGUUCUCGGUGGUAUGAAGCACAUUCGUCUCAAGACAUAUCCUGAGGAAGCGUGGGAUCAAUCUUGCGAUUUCAUGAUUAAUCUUGGUAAAUUCUUUCUGAAAUCUCAUGGGCAACAACUAAAAUAUGCCUAUUGUAUGGCGCUUGAAAUACUUCUUUUGCCAAUUGCUGCCACAGCAAACACGGAGCUCAAUAUGCCGAAGUGGACGGAAGUGUUAGCAACCAUAGGUCCGAGACUGGCUUCGAUGUUUAUUAAACCUCGUCACUGGGCUGUUGCAUUUCCACUGACAGCGACGUUGCUCUGUGUUUCGCCCACAGAUACCUUCUCAACACAAUGGCUACAGCUAGUAUUACCCCUGCAGGCAAAAAUGAAGGAACCAAGAACUAGACCAAUUUGUCUACAGGUGAUCUCGAGGCUUGUCUGGACCUAUUUGCAUCGCACAAAUGAACCUACAAAUGCCACAAUCAAAAAGCUAGAAGAUGUCAUGAGACUUGUAUUACCUCCUGGAAAGAAGUCCUACAUCUCAACGGAUUCAUCAAUCAUCGAACCGCUAAUCCAGAUUAUACGCAUCAUUGGCUUUAAGUAUCAAGAUUUCUGCUUCCGAACGAUAGUCUUCCCCUUAAUCAAUGCAGAUUUGUUCGCUUCUGGGCGGGAACUCAAAGUCGAACAGCUAGAACCAGAAAAAAUGGUUGUAGGGAUUCGAGCUUUUCUUGCCAUCAUGUCAGAUCUAGAGAAGGGCGAACAAGGCUGUCCGCCAUUUCCACAGCACUACUCACCGUUGCCGGUGUUCGAAAGGAUGCCGACUUCACCCAUUAUGACAGCACCUCGCAGCCCCAUUACCCCAUCUCUAGUAGUUCCCAACCGCGAAGAAAGACUUUCUCGACCCGUGAUUACUAACACUCUCGGUGACGUUGCCAAAGAAUAUUACGCAAAGUUUUGUGAAAUUUUAGGAAAAAUUACUAUCAUUUGCGACAAUACUUUUGGGGGUCAAGCCGUAUUGGAUGAAAAGUUCAAUGGACCCAUACCCAAAACUCCACUGGCUGAGAGCUUCAACUUUCGCCGAGACGACCACCUAACUCCGUCAGAGCAAAAACAAGGAUUCUACGAGCUAUUGCAUGUUGCAGUGCAAGCACUCCCUAGGUGUUUAUCGGCCGAUAUACCAUUUAACAUUCUCGUGAAUCUUCUUUGCACCGGCACCGCUCACGUGCAGUAUAAUAUUGCAGAGUCAUCGGCACAGUCUUUGAAAUCAAUCGCUAGACAGUCUCACGCUCAGCCAGUGACUAUUGGGUUUGCUCGUUUUAUCUUCACUUUUGAUGACAGAUAUUCUACCAUGUCUGAUGGUGGGAUGCUUGGCCCUGGUCACAUCGAGAAUACUUUGAAGCUCUACGUGGAGCUACUUCAGAUCUGGAUUGAAGAGAUCAAAAACAAAAUGAAAGACGCUGCAUCAGAUAUCUCAGAAGAUGGUUCAGCCGAUAAGAGGGGCGUUCAACUAGAUCUAUCUGGGAUCUGGGCACAUGUUGACGAGGUUGAGUCGCAUGGCUUGUUCUUCUUAUGUUCACAGUCAAGGCGAGUACGUGCCUUUGCAGUCACAGUCUUGCGCCUGAUCACAGAAUUUGACACUGCUUUGGGUAAGGAUAAUGGCCGACUGAUACAUAUUCUUGAAGGGGAUGCCAAAGGAGUAAUGGAUUUCAAUGACGAGACCUUGUCUGUUGCAGAGCGAAGUAGAUUACAACGUGGCUUACAGAAGACAGACCUGACAGAAAGGAAUGAGAGUGAUUUGAUUGAGCUUUGCAGCAGCGAUGUGUCUUACGACACAACUCUAUGGUUCAAAAUCUUUCCAAAUUUGAUACGAAUCAGUUACGAUCGUUGUCCGUUCGCUGUGACGCUGGGACGCGAACUAAUUUGCAAUCGAAUCCUUCAGAUGUACCGAGGUAUCGUUGUAUUAUCAGAAGCAAAUCGUGGCCCGCAAUAUGGCUACGACACUGGAAGCGGCCGUUUAUUGUCAAGAUCAUCAACCACUCCACCAGAAGUACUGAUUGAACAGUGGAAACUUUAUCUCAUCGUGGCAUGCACCACGCUCUCUGACAAGGGUGGCCAGCAGCAAUCAUCGCCGCCAAUAACGCAACACUAUCGAAAGGGGUCGAAGCCAAAUCAAACAUUAGAGAAAAUCACUUCCGCAAGGAUUCUCUUCAAGUACCUUAUUCCAUUACUCUCAGUGGGUCCGGCUUCAAUUCGAGAUGCAGUGGUCGUGGCACUUGGAGCGAUCAACAUUAAUAUCUACAAAACACUACUAGAAGAACUACAAGGAGUAGUAAGCCGAUGUAACGAUGAUGCACGCGCUCGUAUUCAUCAACGGAGUUCUAGUAGCCCUAGACGAAACAGAAGAACUGAUUUGCUAAGAACUGAAGUCACUCAUGUAUACAAAUUAACAGCUUCGUUCCUGAAAGAGAAGGAGAUCUACGAAGACGAUUGGAUCCUAAACAACCUUGUCAUCUACACAAAGGACCUCAAAAUUUUCCUCAUGGACGGAGAGGUUCAGCUGGAUUGGGAGUUCCAAAAGCUCCGUCGUCACUACUGUGGAUUGAUGGAAGAGCUCUUUGAGGGUAUCAAUCUUACCAAAGACCCUUCUCGGUGGAUGACAUUCGAGUCCAGGAAGUCUUCCUUUGCUCUUAUGGAGGACUGGUGCGGCUAUUCCCCGAAUCAGAAUCAGAUACGACAGCGAGAAGACAAUAUGAGACAAUCCAUGAUUAACCAACAAUCACUUGGUGAACGGGGAGUUGUAACGGCUGCCAUGGAAAUCGAGAAAAGGAACCUUCGAACUGCAGCUCUUAGCGCAAUGGCUGCAUUAUGUGGAGGUCGUGUCAGCAUAACAACAGAAAGUGGAGCCAAUCUGCAAUUCGACAUUCGACGUAUGCUCUCCUGGGUGGAUACUAUAUUCAACACUGGCAGUGAUCGGAUGCAUGUUAUCGGGCGACGAGCUUUGAAAAACUUGAUAGUACACAACAAGGAAUUUCCCUACCUUCUAGAGCAUUCUAUCACGAGGUGCUAUCUUGCGGAAGCAGCCAAAGUACUCCAGAGCUAUUUUGGAGUCGUGACCGAGGUGCUCAUUGAGUAUCCGGAUUAUCCAAUGCCCUUCUGGAGAUUGCUGGGUAUUGGACUGUAUACACUUGGAAGCGAAUUGGGCGAUAUCCGCAUCAAGUCUGCCCGUAUACUUCGUGCUUUAGAGGAGAGACAGCAACGAAGUUCUAAAAUACAAGACUUUGACAUCAGCAUUUCAGAUAAAACAAAAGCAGUUUACAAGCUCGCCCAAUUCGAAAUAUCGAAACGAUUGUCAACCAACCAUUCCGAAUUGGCAUUUUUGAUUUUCUCUGAGUUCACUAUGUAUUUCAAAGAGCUGCAGGCUGGGCCACAAAGAAAUAUGGUUGCCGCUAUUCUGCCGUGGAUUCAAAUCAUAGAACUACAACUGGAUCCGAAUGGCGGCCCAACUGCGCAAUCGUAUGUUCUGUUGGCAAAUCUGUUUGAGAUAACGAUUAGAUGCAGUAGCACUCUUCACAAUGAAGUACAGGCUUUGUGGCAAGCGCUUGCCACAGGCCCUCACGCUGGGAAUGUUCAAUUAGUACUAGAUUUUAUCAUGUCAUUGUGCCUCGACAGGCGAGAACAAAAUUUUGUGGAGUAUGCAAAGCAAAUUGUGGUGUUCUUGUCCAGUACUCCUGCUGGCGGUAAAGUUGUGGAAUUUUUGUUGAUGCAGAUCACGCCGAAAGCGAUGGUUCCCAAUGAGAAACGCGAGUUUUUGCCACCUCCACCUGAUGUUGGAAAGCUGCCGUAUAUGGCAGAACUCUCGGAGGCGUUGCCGAUUGGAAAUAAACAAACAGGACUCUCGUUGGGUCAACUAUCUCUCAUACUACUCGUCGAUUUGAUGGUAUCACCUGUUCAGCUUGUAGCAGACAAUGUUCCUCUUCUUUUGCAAGUAGUGACUGUCCUCUGGGAUCAUUACAUACCGCUGGUACAAGAACAAGCUCGAGAAAUGUUGAUUCAUUUGAUACAUGAGCUGGUAAUUUCUCAGAUUGAUGACGAGAGUACUAACCCAAGUAAGAAUUCAAUCGAGGAUUUUAUUGAGUCAAUUCGCCGUCAUGAUCACAAAGUUAUCUGGCAUUACGACGAUAACAGCGGCAAGGUAUACGACCAAGAGAACAAAGUUCCUCCAGGUAUGGAGCUCCUCACCGGUGAGGUAGUGAGGGAUUUUGAAGUGAAAUAUCCUGGAAUUCAAGAGCAGUGGGCCAAGUUAUCGUUGACUUGGGCAACAUCUUGUCCUGUCCGACAUCUUGCAUGUCGAUCAUUCCAGGUUUUUCGAUGCACUCUCACUUCACUCGACCAGUCUAUGCUUGCUGAUAUGUUGAUAAGACUUUCAAAUACCAUUGCCGACUUGGAAAAUUCUACUCAGUUAUUUUCUAUUGAGAUACUCACAACAUUACGAACGCUCAUUCGUAAACUCGAGCCUGCUGACUUACUCACUUUCCCUCAACUCUUUUGGACAACAUGUGCUUGUCUGGAUACGAUAAAUGAACAAGAAUUUUUAGAAGCUGGGCAUAUGCUCGAAGAACUUCUUGCAAAACUUGACUUGGAUGACCCCUCUGUUAGAGAUUUACUUGCUGAGGGAAGACCUACGAACUGGGAAGGUUCCUUCGGAGGAGUUCAAGCUUUGGUUUACAAGGGUAUUCGCUCAUCAGCCUGUCUUGAUAUGACACUCGCAACUCUCAAUAAGCUCGUUACAUUGCCGAGCGACGAGCUUAUCGGAGACGAUAGUCGAUUGUUAUUUGCGGUGUUGGCUAACUUCCCUGGCUUUCUAAAUGCUAUGGACCAACCAAAUAUUGAUCAGAAAAGCAUACAAACUGCCGAGAUCCUCGCAGGUGUUGCAGAAGCGCAAGGCUGUAGCACUAUCUCACGGGCUCUUAUUGGGUUCGCUGGAUCGCGUUACCGUUCUAGCAAAGAUUUCCUGGCGCAACUAGUUUCUGCUCUUCGCGAGUCGUUCUUCCCGAAAUGGGAAUUCCGCAGUUUGACAUUCGUCAUGGGCUCUCUAACAAAUAGCAUACCAUGGUAUAAGUUGAAGACGAUGCGCAUUUUAUGUGCUAUCAUUCCUGACAUCGACAUGAAAAAGCCGGAGAUCGCUUCUCAUGGGCCUGAUCUUAUCUCGCCUCUGCUAAGACUGCUUCAAACAGAGUUUUGUAUGGAAGCUCUAGAAGUACUAGACAAGAUCAUGACCAUGACUGGAACUCCGAUGGACAAGCACCACCUGCGUAUGAGCAUGACGAGAUCUUCCUCAAGGGCAAUGAGGAAAGAAUAUGAUAACACUCAGAGCCUCUUUGGCAUCCCAGAGGAUUCCGGCUGGUCAAUUCCGAUGCCUGCGAAACAAGCUAGUAUCACAAGAUCUAAUGUUCAUGCUGUUUUUUACAUGUGCCAGAGUACCAAGAAUACGGAUCAUGAAGUUGCUGCGACCCCAGAUGUAGAAUUUCAUGUGGAUGACUUCCAAUACGGUUAUUUCCCGCAACCUGAGAGAACUGAGACUAUGAUGUCGGAUGAGGCUCGAGGUGAUGGCAAUAUUGGUGACCUUAUGAUGAAGCUUGACAGCUUGGACGACUUCUUCGAAGAUAGCCUGCAGAGUCCCACGAGCGAUGGCAGGUCAUCGAGAACCAUAACAGAAGUUGGUUUUUCGGGCGAAAAUUUUGAUUCCGCUGCGGCUCAGUUGUAUGACGAACAAACUCUACCUAUUCUUCAUCAGUCCCUCACUCAUUCAGCGACCAAUUCUACGUUUCAGAAUGGCUUUGCUGAUUUACGUCCAUCACGGGAAUCAAAUAACGCCAUGACUCCGGCUGCUUUCAAUCUCGUCCCCACCUCUAGACCGAGUCUACACGCGCGUGCUUUGACAUCACCUUCAACAUCAUCGGGUCAUCCCAAUAUAACUUACAUGUCAGACGACGACUUCAGUGAAGAUGUUUUCUCGGAUGGUGAAGAGGACCGUGCAACAACUUCAGGAGAAGGGUCAUUUUUCCUUGAGAAUAUGAUCAAGCCCCUUGCAGCCGGUACCCGAUUAGGCAUGCGACGACUCACUGGGGGUAGAUCACGAGAUAAUGAACGUUUUCGAGAUAGCCUACGAGCAGAAAGGAGAGGGAUUUCACAACCUCCUCGGUCGCCACGAGUACCCAAAGUCCCUACCGCGUAUCUUCAGCCGCAGAAACCCUUGAGUCCAGAUGAGGGUAUUUAAAACAAAACAAAAAGUGUUGUAUUGGUCUGUAUGGUGUUGAGAAUUAUAAUUCUUUUAUGACGAAAUUUAUGGAGGAUGCAAUUUUUGACGAGACAAUUUAAUGAAACGAGUUCGAAUUUUCUUCUGGAGUUUAAUGAAAUGAGAGCAAGCGGUAAACAAGGACUGUGUCUUGUCAAUUUGUCAUCUUGAAUUUCUGAAGUCUCAUCUUAGUUGCGUGGGAAUGAAAAUGGUAUGGAAGGAAAUUUCGAAUCGAUUUGGAUGAUGGCUGAUUAGAUCUAUGGAUGAAUUGUGUGCUUGUUGUGGAGUUCGUCGGGAAACAACUUGUGAUCACAAUCUAGCAUGGAUGAUAGGAUUUCUGUAUUGUUUGUAUGUACGAUAGUGUGAGCUCAGCUGCCUUGGGGUCGGCUAUUUGUAUUUGAUUGGUAGGCGAAGGUGAUGAGAAUACUACGAUCAUUUAAUUCUCGUGAAUGUGGCGGCGACUAGGUUUUAUAGUGAGCUUGCUUGUGUCUGUCUUGUGUCUAGUUUUUAUAUUGUGUGUGUGAAGGGGGUGGUCGGAAGUUUAGUGGUAUCAUGACUCCCGAUCAAUUUGUCUCAAAAAGCACGUCUCUAUGCCCCGUGUUUCAGUAGAAUAUACGAUCGAUCAUGCAUUGGGACUUUUAUGUACAGUGGAAAAGUUCAGAGACUCGAGGAUUCAUUUCCAUUGGUAGUCAUGUAGCUGGAGCUGGAGCAGAUUCGUUGUGUGCACCGUUCAGGCUCACUUUGAUCAAUAACACAUUCACAAGUUGAGAAAACAAUAGUAGCCGCUGAAUUUGACAAAGCAUAUGUAGGAAUGUAGGACGCAAAAUCUGGAGA